UAGUGGUUGUGUUAGAAUGUGCACAUGAUGAAUUGAGGCGUUAUAUUUUCAUUGUCUCGAUGAAAUAAUUUUUUUUUAUUGAACACAAAUAUAGAAUUCAUAAAUAAAAUUUAACAACUACACACAUGUUCAUCAUGACAAUAAAUGAGAGGUAAACAUUACUGAGUAUUUCUUUUUAACAAAAUGAAAAUUGGAACAAAAUAUAUUUAAAGAUUUGGCGCAAAUUUUAUAAGCCUACGUCAUUUUUUAAAUAUGUAAACGUCAUAAAUGAAAAAACGGCUCGGUGCCAUGAAGCACAAGGGAAAAUUUAUUUCUGUGCGAAAACAAAAUCGCUUGGAAAAUUUAAAACGAAAGGAAAACACUUCCGUAAAUGAUGGAAAGAAAGAGCAAAAAGGCACAGAUGAACAAAAAGACAAAAAUGAUUCCUGGGCCGAGGGGAGAAGAAUAGUAGAGCUAAGCGUAUUGGCUCAAGGUUUGAAGGAGUGCGUUUUCUGCAAAGAAAACUUAAGAUUAGAUGCUUGUGUUGACGAGACAAAGUAUGGAUUGGCGUCUAUUCUGUACGUAAAAUGUGUAAAAUGCAACAACUUGAAUUCAGUGCCUACCGGUAAGAGACACACAACGAAUGUGGAUGGGAAAGGACCCCCUAGAUGCUUUGACGUUAAUACAAAGCUUGCUGCAGGUAACCACCCCCCUAACAAUAUGACUUUAAUGCGUAGUAAUAGUGCUGUUUACAACAGAUUUAAAACUUACUUUUAAUACGUAUUUACAAGACUAAAAAAAUAAUAAAUAAAUAAAAAAGAGUUUUUAAAAAAUUGUCAACCAUUUAAUAUUGAUACUGGUAAAAAAGAAAAAUAUUAGUUUUUGGACAGGUGUUAAUGGGGGAUGAUUAUUUUUGAUAUUAUAGCAAUGCUGCAUGCUGGUAUUGGUGAACAGCAGGUUAACAAUAUCCUCGCAGAGCUUAACCUUCCUUCUAUUCACCACAAAACUCUAAAAGAACGGGAAAGAGAAAUAGGGUGUGUUAUGGAGGAUAUCGCAGAGAAUUCUUGUAAUGCUGCAAUUCAGGCUGAAAUCAUUUGCUCUAAUAGCGGAGGCGCUCCAGAUCUAAGUUGCAGCGAGGGUGCAGAGGUUUCAUGCGACGGUGGCUGGCAGAAAAGAGGAACAGGACGCAAUUAUAAUAGUUUAUCUGGACAUGUAACGGUUGUUGGGAAGAGUACAAAAAAGUGCCUUUCUUAUGGUGUGGCGUGCAAGUCUUGUAGAAAAUGCCAGUAUCGAAAGAGAGGAAGAGGCUUAUGUAAAUCUCACAGCUGUAGAAAAAACUGGAGCGGUUCAGCUAAAGGCAUGGAACCUUUCCUAACCGUGAAGUGCAUCAAGUCUUUGAAAGAAAAAGGCCUGGAUGUACGAAAACUUAUCAUGGGUGACGACAGCACUACAUUUUUGAGAACUAAAAAGGCAGUACCAAACAUUACAAAAAGUAGCGAUAAAAACCACGUAGUCCGGAAUUUGUCCAACGCAUUAUAUAAGGUCAAAGAAACCCAUGGAGGUCUUUCUGUGAAAACCAUAAAAUACUUCAAGAAAUGUUUUGCGUAUACAAUUCAACAAAACAAAAAUGACGUAGAGGGGAUCCGAAAAAGCCUGUAUGCAACAGUUCCGCAUGCAUUCGGAGAUCACAGUCAAUGUAACUCCAGUUGGUGUGGAUUCCUUAAAGAUCCAAGCACUUACAAACAUAAAUCGCUGCCCUCCGGAAAAGAUCUUGUUGGAGAAAAACUAAGAGAAGCCCUACAGGAUGUUUUUCAGAAGCAUGCUGAAAAAGCAGAAAAAUACACAGAUCUUGGAUCUUCAAACGCAAACGAAAAUUUAAAUCAGAUGAUAGCAAAGAAGGCCCCUAAAGCUCAGCACUACUCAGGAUCAGAAAGCCUUUCUUACAGAGUUGCCGCUGCUGUUGCCCAAAAAAACGAAGGUCACAAGUACAUUUUGCAGGUUAAUUCCGCAUGCAACUUGUCUCCUGGGAAGCAAACCGAAAAAAGACAAAACCUUCUGGAUGAAAAAAGGUCCACAAAGCACCAUUUCCAAGGUACCUACAAAGCAAAGAUAGAACGUCUUAGACUUCGGGAACAGAGGCAAACAUCGGAGACAACAAUGGAACUCUGCGAAGGCACUACAUACGCCACAGAUAUUGAGUUGUCAGCGACAAAUGACGAGUUAGAGGAUCUUAUCACGGAAAUUCCCAUGUCUGAAAGAAAACCAAAAAUUUCACCUCUAUCUUCUGAAACAUCUAAUAUCAUUGUUGCUGAUCUGGAAACCACUGGUUUAGCGACAGAUAGUUCCAUCAUCCAAAUAGCUGCUAGUAGCUAUUGUACGGACGACACCUUCUCCAGUUUUAUACGUCCUCAAAAUGGUUAUAUCCCUAAAACGGUUUCAAAACUGACAGGCAUCGAAGUGCAUGGUUUGACCAUGUUCUCCGACAUGGUACCGGUCCGAUCCAUGGGAGAAAAGGAGGCACUGUUAAAGUUUGUGGAGUGGAUGAAAAAGUAUGACCCCGUUCUCAUCGUGGCUCACAAUGCAUGUUUUGAUUCUCGGAUCUUGAUAUCUGCAUUCAACAGGCACGGAAUCACCGAUCAUCUUAAAAGUAUUGUCGGUUUUUCAGACUCCAUUAAAAUUUUCAAAAAGGCAUUCCCCAGUCAAUCAUCUUACAAGUUGCAGCAUUUGGUUCAACAAUUUGGUGCAGACCUGCCACCAGUCCAGGCCCACAAUGCUGUUAACGAUGUUCUGGUACUCCGCCACAUGUUGCUGAAAAUAUCCAGCGCCUCAGAUUCUCUCCGACAAUCUGCAUUUUCUGUCGAAUAUGUCACACUUCAGAUCAAAAAGGUGCAAAACAAACAAAAACAUUUAGACGGCUAUGACCAGUUGAUAAGCCAAAAUGUUUUGACGAAGACCCAGUGUUCAAGCUUAGCAUCGCAUGGACUGUCCGUGAAACACGUGCAACUUACAUUUAAUAGAGCAGGGGUAGAUGGGCUUAAGGACGUACUGAAAGGGAAAAUUAAAAAAAUAAGUAUUGCUGCUGAAAAACUAGCUCGGCACUUUUCACAAGCAACAUCCUAAUUUAGAGUGAGUUCAUAUCGAUGUAAUGUACUGGUAGAUCGAGGAUAUGAAUCCUAUUAAUGGGAUUAGCAUGACGUUUUUCAUUUUUGGAUUUGGAAUUUGAUAAAAAUGAUAAAACGAUAAUUCAAGGUGUAUGAUGGUUACAUGUAUUUUUAUGACAUUAUCAAACAAAACUUCUUUCGUAUUCAGAUAAUAGAAAAUAUCUUCAAGCUAUUAUCAAAUUGUCCACGUAUUUAUGUCAACUUGUAAAGUGCUUAAAUGUUAACCCCCCACUUUAAUCCCUAUCAAAUAUAUUUUAUAUCUUUAUACACUUUAUUAAAAUAUAUUAAUACAUAAGAUUCUUUCUUUAUUCACUUGAUUUUAUUUCUUGUUUCCAUUUGACGCAGUGUAAAUCAGAAAAUAUACGCGACGUCAAGCAUGACGUCGUGGGCGCUAGUAUAGCGUUUUUCAUUAAAAAUUGUCUUUUUUCGCCAUUCAAAAGUUAAUAUGUACAUUUAAUUUGUGAGAAAACGAGCCCGAAUACAUAUGACUUUUUUUAUAUGUAUUUAAUUCAAAUAAUCUCGAUGUGAUUUGGGCAAAAAAUCAAUAAUUUCGUCUGCACCAUUUAAGAGAUAUUAAUAUUUUUUAAUAAAAAGUAUUAUCAGAAAAAGGGUUUAAAAAAUACGUUUUCUCUAUAUAAUUCAAUAGAAUAACGCUGAAAAGCUUGCGUCAACAAUGGCAUGUUCGGGAGUGAAUUGCAUGAAAACGAUGCAGACAAUUUUUAUCAAAUUUUCAGAAACUAUAAAAUGAAACUAGGGGAUUCGUGUAACAAAUUUUCAGGGUAUGUUUUCGAGCGAUUUUAAA